AUGGCGCCCAUGAAAACGUUAAAUUCCAAUCAGUCGAGUAGUAAUUACGGCGAGGACACGGCCCGCCAGGCCAACGUUCUCGCCAGCUGCUACGUCGUCGACGCCGCCGGCUCGCUCAAGGGCCUCCACUACUGCACUACCCUGGCUGCAGGGGCCGAGUGUCCCCCCCUCGCCGCAAUCACCUCGUCUAACGAGCUCGCCCUGACGCCCAAGCCGGCCAAGCGUCAGUCCACGGCAUCCAACAGCGAGUCUCGUCGUCGACGAGGGGGGGCAACACUUCGUAUCAGGGAAGAAUGUGAGAGAUUCUUUUGUGAGACCAUGGCGACCACUUUCUUCGGUGAGAGGAACGGUCGCUCAGCGGUCUCCGGCCUGACGGGUGUUUAUCAACAACACGACCAAACAGCCAUCCACCGGCGCUCAUCCGCCGCUUCCCUCGCCGGGAGCAGCGCUGCCUCCGUCGACUCCGGCUAUUUUGGCUCCUACAGCAGCAACGGCCAUCCCGACCAGCGCCAGCAGCUCACGCCCCCGUACGACGGAUCCGAAACGGUCUGCGUCGGUGGCCGCGCCAACAGCAACAUCGAGGUCACCGCGUGGAUGGAGAUCUGGGACUACCAGGGCGGGGCUAGUUUCCGCGCCUUCACAGCUGAGGACUAUGCCCGCGGCGAGAGGACCUUGUUCACCUUCUUCGACGCCGGUGUUGUCGGCCGCGAUCUGAAGGACGCUCUUGUGGCCCUGAUGGAGAUGGCCGAGUCGCCUCUGGGCUGCUCCCACCUGGUGAUCUGCAUCGACCGGUCCAUCGAGACUAACGAGGCCAAGACGUUGACAAAGGGCCUGCAGUGGGCAGGCCUCGAGUUAAUGACCCUCGACCACUGGGCUGGAGCUAUCGAUGUGACGAGUAAGGAGUGGGUAUUCAUGGGUACGGAAGUGUAG